GGUUUGAGGGAGUUUUCGUCGCUCUGAAUGGUCGGGUUCAAUUCAGAGUUAAAGAUCCAAUCCCCUGGCACCCGAUGUCUGCGUAUUUGGGAUGAGUGUGGAAGAGGUGGCUGAUUAUAUGAAAAGUUUGGCAAUCCGGGUUUCAGGCUUUGAUGUGCCCAGGCCAGUUAAAAACUUUGAGGAUUGUGGGUUUCCUGUUCCAUUAAUGAAUGCCAUUGCCAAGCAGGGUUAUGAAAAGCCGACAACAAUUCAGUGCCAGGCUUUACCUAUUGUCCUUUCAGGUAGAGAUAUCAUUGGUAUUGCGAAAACUGGUUCAGGCAAGACUGCAGCAUUUGUGCUCCCUAUGAUUGUUCACAUUAUGGAUCAGCCUGAACUUCAGAAGGAAGAAGGUCCAAUAGGAGUCAUAUGUGCUCCAACAAGAGAAUUGGCACAUCAGAUAUAUCUCGAAGCUAAGAAGUUUGCAAAGCCUUACAACCUUCAAGUUGCUGCUGUUUAUGGUGGUGUUUCCAAGUUUGAACAGUUUAAAGAACUGAAAUCAGGCUGUGAAAUAGUCGUUGCUACCCCAGGGAGACUGAUAGACUUGCUUAAGAUGAAGGCACUGAGGAUGUUUAGGGCGACUUAUUCGGUUCUUGAUGAAGCUGAUCGCAUGUUUGAUCUUGGGUUCGAGCCUCAGAUACGAUCCAUUGUUGGUCAAAUUAGACCAGACCGACAAACCUUGCUUUUUUCUGCAACAAUGCCAUACAAAGUGGAACGAUUGGCUAGAGAAAUUUUGACUGACCUUAUUCGAGUCACAGUUGGCCAAGUUGGCAGUGCUAAUGAAGACAUUAAACAAGUUGUGAAUGUACUCCCUUCUGAUGCUGAGAAAAUGCCAUGGCUUCUCGAGAAAAUGCCUGGUAUGAUUGAUGAUGGAGAUGUGCUUGUAUUUGCAACUAAGAAGGCUCGAGUCGAUGAGGUUGAGAACCAGUUGAAUCAGCAUGGAUUCAAAGUUGCAGCACUUCAUGGUGACAAGGAUCAAGCAUCUCGAAUGGAGACACUGCAGAAGUUCAAGUCUGGGAUUUAUCAUGUUCUUGUUGCAACUGAUGUUGCUGCACGUGGUCUGGACAUAAAGUCAAUUAAAACAGUUGUCAACUUUGAUAUUGCAAAAGAAAUGGAUAUGCAUAUUCACCGCAUUGGAAGAACUGGCCGAGCCGGUGAUAAAGAUGGCACAGCAUAUACUCUUAUUACACAGAAAGAAUCACGAUUUGCAGGUGAAUUGGUUCAUAGUUUAAUUGCUGCUGGUCAAGAUGUGCCCAACGAGUAGUAGUAGUAGUAAAUUAAUUUUACUGGUUUGUGUUAAUGAUCAGAACUGUGUUGCCUGUUCAGUUAACCGCGUUGAUACGCGUAUGUAUUUGGGA